UAGGACAUGUGGAUCUAUUACGUAAUUUAGGGAGCACUCAGAUCUCGAGCAAACUCGCCUGUGUGCUAGCGGGAGGGGCCUAUUCAGAGCGGCAGUCUAAAUGGCCAAUCAGAUGCCACAAACAGUUUCGUCUAGCUUGUGUAUUGGUCAGAAGAUGCCCGGCGUCAGUUGACUCGUCGGUUGCUCGCGCUCCCCCUGUCUGGGAGUUUCUCACGUUGAUGGUUUCACGGGAAUAGUAGAAGUCCUCAUACCGUCCUGAGAGGGAAAGCAGUCGGGAUUGUUUUUGGAGGUUUUUGUAUAGCGGGAGUAUAGGAGAACCUGCCUUAGGUGGUUGGAUAUUUUCUCGGGUAGUAACUCUAAAGUUGUCACAAUGCCGGUUUUUCACACGAAGACGAUAGAAAGUAUCCUGGAGCCGGUGGCUCAGCAGAUAUCCCAUUUAGUGAUAAUGCACGAAGAAGGUGAAGUUGAUGGCAAAGCUAUUCCCGACCUCACGGCGCCGGUGGCUGCCGUACAGGCGGCCGUCAGCAACCUUGUGCGGGUUGGAAAGGAAACUGUACAAACCACCGAGGACCAGAUCAUGAAAAGGGAUAUGCCACCAGCUUUCAUCAAAGUGGAGAAUGCAUGCACGAAGCUGGUGCAAGCCGCCUCCAUGCUAAAAGCUGAUCCAUACUCUGUUCCUGCUCGGGACUACCUCAUCGAUGGCUCUCGGGGCAUCCUGUCUGGGACUUCUGACCUGCUCCUUACCUUUGAUGAGGCAGAGGUCCGCAAAAUAAUCCGUGUGUGCAAAGGCAUACUGGAGUACCUGACUGUAGCUGAGGUCGUGGAGACGAUGGAGGACCUGAUCACUUACACAAAGAACCUGGGACCAGGGAUGACAAAGAUGGCAAAGAUGAUAGAUGAGCGACAGCAGGAGCUCACACAUCAGGAGCACCGUGUAAUGCUGGUCAACUCUAUGAACACAGUGAAAGAGCUGCUGCCCAUCCUCAUCUCAGGAAUCAAAAUAUUUGUAACAACCAAGACUUCUGGCAGUCAGGGGGUGGAAGAGGCCUUAAAGAAUCGUAACUUCACCUUUGAGAAGAUGAGUGCUGAGAUAAAUGAGAUCAUCAGAGUUCUGCAGCUCACAUCCUGGGAUGAAGAUGCCUGGGCCAACAAGGACACAGAAGCCAUGAAGAGGGCGCUAGGGCUCAUUGACUCCAAGAUGGGUCAGGCUAAGAACUGGCUUAGGGAUCCAAAUGCACAACCAGGGGACGCAGGCGAGCAGGCCAUCCGACAGAUCCUGGAUGAAGCUGGUAAAGUUGGGGAACUGUGUGCAGGAAAGGAGCGCAGAGAUAUACUUGGCACAGCCAAGACUCUGGGCCAGAUGACGGACCAGGUGUCUGAGAUGAGGGCCAGAGGUCAAGGAGCAUCCCCGCCCGCUAUGCAGAAGGCACAGCAGGUUUCCCAGGGGCUUGAUGUUCUCACUGGUAAAGUGGAAAAUGCUGCCCGCAAACUGGAGGCCAUGACCAACUCAAAGCAGGCCAUUGCUAAAAGGAUUGAUGCAGCACAAAACUGGCUGGCAGAUCCUAAUGGUGGCCCAGAGGGGGAGGAGAAUAUCAAGGCCCUGCUUGCUGAGGCCAGAAAGAUUGCAGACAUGUGUGAGGACCCCAAAGAAAGAGAGGACAUAUUGCGCUCAAUGGGGGAGCUCGCUGCCAUGACUGCCAAGCUAUCUGAUCUGAGGAGACAGGGUAAAGGGGACACUCCUGAGGCCAGAGCUUUGGCCAAACAGAUAGCCACAGCCCUGCAGAACCUGCAGUCGAAGACCAACAAAGCUGUGGCCAACAGCAGGCCUGCGAAGGCAGCUGUUCAUUUGGAAGGAAAGAUUGAGCAGGCACAGCGUUGGAUUGACAAUCCCACAAUGGAUGACAGUGGUGUGGGCCAGGCAGCUAUCCGUGGCCUGGUGGCAGAGGGCCGCAGGCUGGCCAACGCUCUGCCUGGCCCAUACAGGCAGGAGCUGCAGGGUAAGUGUGAGCAGGUGGAGCAGCUCAUGGCCCAGCUGGCUGACCUGGCCGCCCGUGGGGAAGGGGACUCCCCACAGGCACGUGCUGUCGCUCAGCAGCUCCAGGAGGCCUUAAAAGAGCUAAAAGGAAAGAUGCAAGAGGCAAUGACACAGGAAGUGUCUGACAUCUUCAGUGACACAACAACCCCCAUCAAGUUACUGGCUGUGGCUGCUACGGCCCCACUUGAUGCUCCCAACAGAGAUGAGGUAUUUGACGACAGAGCUGCCAACUUUGAGAACCACGCCAAUAAGCUUGGCGCCACAGCAGAGAAGGCUGCUGCUGUUGGCACCGCUAACAAGGGUACAGUGGAGGGAAUCCAAGCUGCUGUCAAGUCGACAAGAGACUUGACACCACAAGUGGUGUCGGCUGCUCGUAUUCUGCUGAGAAACCCUGGCAACCAAGCAGCUUAUGAGCAUUUUGAGACCAUGAAGAACCAGUGGAUUGACAAUGUGGAGAAAAUGACGGGCUUGGUGGAUGAGGCCAUCGACACCAAAUCUCUCCUGGAUGCCUCAGAGGAAGCCAUCAAGAAGGACCUGGAUAAGUGCCGUGUGGCCAUGGCCAAUCAUCAGCCUCAGAUGCUGGUGGCUGGUGCCACAAGCAUUGCCCGCAGAGCCAACCGUAUUCUCCUGGUGGCAAAACGAGAGGUGGAGAAUUCCGAGGAUCCCAAGUUCAGGGAGAUGGUAAAGGCUGCAUCUGAUGAACUGAGCCAGACAAUUUCCCCUAUGGUAAUGGAUGCUAAGGCAGUUGCCGGAAAUAUUCAAGAUCCAAGUCUUCAGAAAGGCUUUCUGGACUCGGGUUAUAAGAUUCUUGGUGCUGUGGCAAAGGUCAGGGAGGCAUUCCAGCCUCAAGAGCCAGACUUUCCACCUCCUCCUCCUGAACUGGAUCAGCUUUAUCUUAAUGAUGAUGCAGCACCUCCCAAGCCUCCUCUUCCAGAGGGUGAGGUUCCUCCCCCCAGGCCUCCUCCACCAGAGGAAAAAGAUGAGGAAUUCCCAGAGCAGAAGGCUGGUGACAUGGUUAAUGAGCCUAUGAUGGUGGCUGCCAGGCAGCUUCACGAUGAAGCUCGCAAGUGGUCCAGUAAAGGAAAUGACAUCAUUGGUGCAGCCAAACGAAUGGCCCUGCUCAUGGCAGAGAUGUCCCGUCUGGUUCGCGGCGGCAGCGGAAACAAGCGUGCUCUCAUCCAGUGCGCCAAAGACAUUGCUAAGGCUUCUGAUGAGGUCACUCGGCUGGCUAAGGAGGUGGCCAAACAAUGCACUGAUAAACGUAUCCGGACCAACCUGCUCCAGGUGUGUGAACGCAUCCCCACCAUCAGCACUCAGCUCAAAAUCCUGUCCACUGUCAAAGCUACCAUGUUGGGUCGUACCAACAUCAGCGAAGAGGAGUCAGAGCAGGCAACGGAGAUGUUGGUUCACAACGCUCAGAACCUGAUGCAGUCUGUGAAGGAGACGGUCAGAGAAGCAGAGGCGGCUUCCAUUAAGAUCCGGACAGAUGCCGGUUUCACUCUCCACUGGGUUAGAAAGACCCCCUGGUACCAAUAAGAGAAGAGAAAUUGGUCCUCUGCAUGAUGUCGGCUCUGUCGAGUUGUGCAUAAGGACACUGAAUGAACAGACAUGCAUUAUCAGAGCCCAAAAUCCUAAUACGGGCAAAGUUUCUCUGGUAGUCCCAUGUCCUGUCUGUAAUGGUUGCUGUUGUGGAAGAAUGUAAAAGAUGGGACUAAAAGUGAGGGUUGUGGGUUAAAAUAUUACUGGGAAGUGUGUAAAAAUCUAUUUUAAAGCUUAUUUUGACAAAUCCCAGGAGUAUAUAUAUUUUGAUCAGAGAUGAGAUUUUGCGUAAGGAUGAUUGUUUCUGGUCGUUUUCUGACUACAGAGCAUGUUAAAUUAAAUUGAAAUGACGUUUUCUCGAGACAUUUUUAUAUCUGAUUAUUUUAGUAUCACUAUCACUUACCUUUGCUAUUACAAGCACACAAACUUGAGUUGUUACAAGUGCAGCAGAGGGCUAUGCACAGCACACAGAGCAAACAGUGCUAUUUACAUCUGUUUACAAUAUUCUUUAUUAUGAGAGGUGAAAUAAAAACACUGUUCUUUACUUAUCAUGCUGUAAUGCAGUUGUAGCAGUCUUUAUCUUCUGAGGUCUGCCAAAGAUAUUUGCCCUUAGUCUUUGGAAGUGUAGUUGUCUUUAUUUUCAGAUUUGAGUUCAGGGUUUUUAAACCUAAUUUAAAUAACAAAAACAAACUAAUGAAAAUUCCAAUGCAACACAGGCAUAUUAUAUAGAUGGUAGUUGUUGCUUUGGGAUCAUAUGUAAUAAAUAAGCUUGUAUAACAUUAUGAGAAUGAAAAGUGAUAUUUUUGUUAAUUCAUUAGUCAUUUUGCUUAGAAAGCAUGCAAACUAUUGACCAUUUCCUGCAGUUCUUCUUUUUAAACUGUUUCGUAACCAUCACGCACACUUGUAUGUCUCUUUUCCUGUGCACAAUCAUUUCCGAUGUAUGUAUUGCACACUUCUCUAAGGCAGUCAAGGGAAAGAGCAGAACUGCCAGCACCUGGUUAAACACUCAUUCUGUAUUAUAACAAUUUGUCAGAAUAUGUUUUCAUACACUAAAUUGUAACCGCCAUCUGUAGUGGAUACUUAAAGAUAUGGACACUCGUGAAAGUCUUUCUAAUAUCUAAUACAAACUGAUGUGCCUUUCAAGAUUAACUUUAUUUGCAAUUGAUACAGCUUCUAUCCUAAGAUGUUUUCUAUCAUUUGUACAAGGCGUCAUGGUGUUAAUUUGUUCAAAACACUUGUACAGAUUUCUGCUUUCACGUUAAACCUGAUUGAUGACUUCUGCUAAUAGUACUAUUCUCUAUGCAGGCCCUUUUUUCUCUAUGAUUAUGCAACUUAGAAUGGUUCAAAUGAGUUUGAACAUUAGUUUGCUGAGGCAUUGUUCAUAAUUUUGUAAUAAAGCAUUUUAUAGCACUUGGAGUUUUUUGCUAUUUCUUAUUUUGAAAUUGACCUCUUUUUGUUUCUUUUACAUUUCACAGAGGCGUACUCUAUCAUAAGGGUUCACAAACCGCCAGUUUUCUUUACCUGCAAUGAUGGACCUAUUUUAACUUUUAGCCUUUUAGAGAGCCCCCAGAAC